CGUUAGUCUUAUCUUCGCCACUGGUGGCAUUUUCUCGUAGCACAACGUCAAUUUUACCUGUGCAGUUUCCUUUUGAUGCUGUGGGCGUCAACAGAGUAUGUAGUGAAACUUUACGGGACACGGUACAAUAACCUUCAGGAUGUCCAGCUGUUGACUUGAGCUGUUAUCAAGUGUUUCUUUUGUGUCUUGGAUUUCCUUGAGGACUGUAUACCUGUGCUAUAUUUGCAUUAUCCGGACACAGUGGUGAUCAUGAGUGGUAUGCCAGUGUGGGCGAGGGAGCCGCCUCAGGAGGUGGAGAGUGAGACGGAGCUGCCCUGGUGUGAGGAGCGCGUGGAGGAGUGGUGGGACCGUGUGGAGGGCGCCAGGCACAAGCUGACGCGCCUACUCAACCCGGUGAAGCUCACACCAUACCUGCGCCAGUGCAAGGUCCUGGACGAGCAGGACGAGGACGAGGUGCUCAACUCCACCCUGUACCCGCUGCGCAUCAGCAAGGCUGGUCGUCUGCUAGACAUUCUACGUAAGCGUGGCCAUCGUGGGCUGCAGGCCUUCAUGGAGUCUCUGGAGUUCUACCACCCGGACCAGUUCACACAGCUGACUGGACGAGAGCCCACACAACGCUGCUCUUGCAUCCUAGAGGAGGAUGGCCCAGAGGGCCUGACUCAAUUCCUGCUGCUGGAGGUGAAUAAGCUGCGGGAUCAGCUGCGUGCGUGUCGGAUGUGUGAGCGCCGCCUGUCCCAGCGCUGCCGCAUGGCCGAGGAUGAGCGCAGCCGUGCCGAGCGCAAGGCCCAGGAGCUGCGCACUGACCGCAUCCAGCUGGAGAGGCUGAGGCAGGAAUGGGAGGUGAGCAGUCGUGAGCUGAGCCGGAUGAAGGAGAGACUCCUGGAGCAGGCGGUCAAAUACUCCCGCUCCCUGGAGGAGCAGAGCAAGGCCUCUGCCCGGGAGAGAGGGCUGCUGGAACAGGUUGAACAGCUGAGAAGCAGAUUGCAGGAAUCAGAGAAAAGAGCCGACGGGAACCAAUCCAACAACAACACGCCCAGCAAACGCAGCAGUGUGGUGUCCCUCAUGCUGGACGUAAUUUCAGAUGAACCAAAGUCUCUGCAUACUGUAAACUUCCAAAAGGACAAGCAACUCGGGACACAGGCUCUUCUGGACAUCCUUCAGCAGGACCGCAGGGAAGCCGCAGAGCAGAGGCAGGAGCUGUGCGCCACCAUCGUCCAACUACAGGGGGAGCUAGAGAGUGCUGAAAUGCAGCGGGACAAACUAGAGGCUCAGUACGAGCAAAUGCAGCUGAGGGUGCAGGCGCUGCAGCUGGACUGGGAGACGGAGCAGAAGAGGAGCGUUUCUUACCUUAACCAGAUCAUGGAGCUGGAGAGAGAGCGGGACCAGGCCCUGCGCAGCCGUGACAGCCUGCAGCUGGAGUUUACUGACUGUCUGCUGGACAAGAACCGGCUGCGCAAACGCAUUACCGAGCUGCAGGCCAAUCUGGAACAGCUCCAGAGAGAGCUGGAGGCAGAGAAGGAGAAGUGUCGGGAGCAGAGCGCCCCCUGUCACCACUGUUCUCAUCUAUCUCUGUUUAGCGAAGAGCAAUGCUUUGGUCCCUGCUGUUCCCUGAGCCUAAUCCCCUACACAGAUAGCCCACACCAACUGCAGCGCAAGUCGCCCCCUAGAGGCCAACAAAGUGAUAAAUCAGAAGAUUCCCGUUACAAUUCAGAGGAGAAUCUUCCUACCAGAGACAGCGAAAAAGAUAUCAACAGACUUUCUACUUUCCCAUUCCCUCCUCAUGUAAACUCCAUCAACCGUAGAGUUACCACUGAGUUUGACCUGGAUUCCUGGGGCAGUGAUGAAAAUGAUAAUACCACAGGAUCAGUUGCAAGUGAGGAGAGUGUCCCCUCUUUAUGGGAUUCCUGGAGCUCUCUGCAGUCUCACCUGUUUCCCCCUGACCUGAUAAACCUGCCCCCGACACUCCCCAGCAAGCCAUCACAGGUUUCACCUGAGUCAGAGAGCAUCCCCUCAACACCCAUUACUCCCACUUCACCUAACAUGUCCAGCCUAUCCGAUGACAUCAGCAUCGUUGGGGGCAACCACACAGGGAUAUUUGUACAGAGUGUGAAGCCGGGGUCUCCUGCUGACAAGUGUGGACUCAAGGAAGGCAGUGAGUUACUGGAGCUGGAAGGAGUUCUGUCUGGGGAUGGCAAUGUUGUCUUCUCUCAGUGCACAGCAGAGGUUGCUCAUUUCUCUCUUCGCUGGUGGACAGACCCUUCCUCUCUCAAACACAAGUUCAAUCAAGAAGGUUACUCCCAGCUGUGUGAGAAGAUGUCCUCCACCUCCUUUGCUGGAGCAGACUCCUUCUAUGUGCGAGUCAACCUGGAUAUAGAUUCUAACGGUGACCCACCCUUGUUGGGCGUAAGCUGUAACGACAUACUCCAUAUCACAGACACAUGCUACAACGGGAAGUACCAGUGGCGUUGUUGUCGCGUUGACCCUCAAACCGCCAAGCCCCUACAGGCUGGUGCCAUGCCGAAUUACAACAGGGCUCAACAGUUGCUACUUGUGAAGUUACGCACCCUCGCCUCAAAACAAAAGAACUUUAAAAGGAAGUUCUACAAAAGAGUCACUGAGGAGGUGCGACUGGUCAAGGCUGUCUCUCCGAACUUACAUACUAGCUCCACCUCGCGAGUCUGCUACACGCUUGGCAAACGUCAUGAAGAUAGUUUGAUUCCUUAUAGUAUGGUGCAGCCAGUGCCAGUCCAAUCCAAACGUCCCAUCAUCUUCUCCCCCUCCUUACUUUCCCACGCUCUUAUUGAGCGACUGCUGCAGCCAGCUGCGUCUGGUCUGGACUUCAACACCUGCCACCCAGAGCCGAUCCCUGUCUCAGAGAGACAUGACAAGAAGGUGUUCCUGCUUCAGUCAUCUGGGCCAACACUGGGAAUUCGACUACAGUCCAUAAAGGAUGUUAUUAGCCAGGACAGGCACUGUCUCCUUGAGUUGGGCCUUGCAAGUGUUGAAGCUCUUCUGAAGCAGGGCGUGUAUCCCAUUGUCAUCCACAUCAAGCCCAAAGAUAAGAAAGGACGAAAGUUCAAGAAGCUGCUCUCUGGUCGUUCUGAAGACGAAGUCAUGGCCGUUUGUCACUCAGAGGAACUGCAGCUGGAAACUUUGCCUCUGUUCUACCACACCCUGCAGCCGGGGACCUGGAGCAGCACCGAAGAGCUCCUGGAUGCUAUCCGCAGUGCAAUCGGCAACCUGCAGAGGGCAGUGGUUUGGGUUGAGCUAGACCGACUUCAGUAGAUAUUGGACACCUAUACAAAUGCCUUAAAAGGGUAGAUACACUAUGGACUUUUAAUGGUCUCUUCUCUGACAGUUAAAACACUGGAGCAGUAAUGCAAGUAUAGUGAUGAAUUGGUUAAUGUUUGGGAGUGCUGGAUUGGAGAGGGGCACAGUCAAAGCCAUUAGAAACAAUCUCAAGAGGACAGAGAUGUAAAAGUCCGGCUUUAGAAAGUAAGUCAUUCCAUGUAUUGGUUCUACCUGUGUGCUUAACACAGGUGAUUUCACUAAUUAGCUGAUCUACCUGGCUUUAGACAGAGACUUUCUAAUGUGGAGA